AUGGCCCAGUGGGACGCUUUGGUCUUCAGAAACGCAACGACACUCGUUCUAGCAGCGGGGAUUAUCGUUCUCUUCGUGAUCGUCGGUCAUGCCAUCUUCUAUAAUACCGCAUGGGCCUUGGCUCCCCUGAGAAACCUGAACUCAGAUUCCAACACUAUAUCGGAUCCACAACCACCGAAGCAGCCUCCGAGGCUAUCAAUCCUAGAUUUAGACGUGCGAUGA